CGGUGCACAGGGGCCCCAACGAGUGAUUGCGAAGAUCUGUCUGAUGAAAUUAUCCGAUCCGUCAAUCUUCUGGCUUCGACGCUGCACGAAUUUCCCGUCAAUGUAGGAGACACCAAAUAAGAGCGAGCUCCUGGGUUCGUACAACGCAUUCCGAUCUCUAGAGAGAGAAGAGAUUCAACCAGACAUCAUUUCUCUCAUCUCUCUCUACCCCUUUCCACCUGAAUUCUGAUAUACCUUCAUCAGGUGGCAACCAUGCCUUCCACUUUUUCUCCCCACCCCCUCUUUCUUCGUUUCGUGGGGGCUCUCAUCCUUCUCUUCUUCGUCAUUCCCGGUUUCCCCUCUGCAGCGGCCGACGAUGUCAAACACGAUGACGACAGGGUUCCCAAGUCGGAUUCUUGUAAUAAUGACUUCCAAUUGGUUAAGGUGAAGAACUGGAUUGAUGGCAAAGAAGAGGACAUGUAUAAUGGGAUGAGUGCAAGAUUUGGGUCUAUGUUGCCUGAGCAGGCUAAAGAAAGUGUCAGAUCACCUGCUGCUGCUGCAAAUCCUGAGGACUGCUGCUCCAAUUCAACUUCUAUGCUAUCUGGUUCAGUUGUUCUAUGUGAACGAGGUACUUGUGACUUUACAACUAAAGCAGCAUUUGCUCAGUUGGGAGGUGCUAUGGGAGUGUUGAUGAUAAACAGCAAUGAAGAGCUCAUUGAGAUGACUUGCACCAAUGGCACUACGUCAAACAUUUCAAUUCCAGUUGUGAUGAUAUCAAAAUCCGCUGGAGAAAAUUUGAAGAAAAUGAUGUCUUCAAAGAAAGUGGAAAUUUUGCUAUAUGCUCCAGUUCGUCCACUUGUAGACUACUCUGUGGCAUUUUUGUGGUUGAUGGCUGUUGGGACAGUUGCAUGUGCUUCACUAUGGUCAGAUUUGACUGCCCCUGAGCAGACUGACGAUUGCUACAAUGAGGAAUCUUCAAAUGCCGCAACAGCAAAAGAUGAGGAUGAGAUUGUUAGUUUAGAUGUGAAGGGUGCUAUCAUCUUUGUCAUAACUGCAUCUACUUUUCUUGUGCUAAUGUUCUUCUUCAUGUCAUCGUGGUUUGUCUGGGUGCUGAUAUUACUUUUCUGCAUUGGUGGUAUUCAGGGAAUGCACCACUGUAUUGUGAGUGUGGCUUGUAGAAUAUGUUCAAAAUGUGGGAGGAAGACUGUGAAUAUCCCCAAGGUUGGGGAGGUUUCUGUUUUCUCACUUGUAGUGAUGUUAGUCUGUUUGGCAUUUGCAAUUUUCUGGGCUGCUACUCGGCGGGAAUCAUAUUCAUGGGUUGGGCAAGAUAUUCUUGGCAUAUGCUUGAUGAUAACCGUCUUGCAGUUGGCACAGUUACCUAAUAUCAAGGUUGCUACUGUCCUCCUCUGUUGUGGAUUCUUCUAUGACAUCUUUUGGGUGUUCAUAUCUCCAGUAUUUUUCCAUCAGAGUGUCAUGAUCACGGUUGCUCGAGGUGAUAAAGCUGGUGGGGAAGCAAUUCCUAUGCUUUUGAGAGUUCCUCGUAUUAAUGACCCUUGGAAUGGUUAUGACAUGAUUGGAUUUGGAGAUAUUCUCUUUCCUGGUUUGCUUGUUUCUUUUACUCACAGAUUUGACAAAGAUCAAAAGAAGGGAGGACUAAAAGGAUAUUUUCCUUGGCUGAUAUUGGGCUAUGGAGUUGGUCUGUGUUUGACAUACUUGGGGCUUUAUUUGAUGGACGGUCACGGACAACCUGCACUCCUUUACCUUGUUCCGUGCACACUAGGUACUACGGUUGUGUUGGCAUGUAUUAGAGGUGAUCUGAAGACCCUUUGGAGUUAUGGUUCCGACUCGUCUAGAGAACCUUCUGAUGUUUAAUUCAUAAUUUUUUUCUACUGGCACUUGAUGAAGAAAUUGAACUCCUGCAAGUUGGAAAAACGAUUCUGCCGCUUUGAUAUCGGUUUAACAUGAUGCAACUAAUAUAAUGGUGGGAAAAGAUGUCCGAUUUAUCGGCAACUCCAUCUUGAGCCUCGUUGAUUUUGUUUUGUAACUAUACGCCAAUGUUCCUGCAGCCAAGUUGUAGUGCUUGUCGAUAGAAAAGCUUGAGAAGGGGGGGGGGGGUAAGUUUCUGUCCUGUAACUUACCGUUAUGUAUGUGUAGCAGUUGUUCCAUUCUUCAUUAUCGUCUUCCAAUGGUGUUCCCUUGAAUACAAUUAACGCAGUUUCAGUGCUUUCUGUAAGGGCCGACAAAAGAUCUAAAUUUGGUGGGGCCUUGCUUAGAAGAGCUUGACUUCAUACUAGCUUGAGACUCAUUUUGAUGUCUGUGUAUAUAUAAAUGUAUACAUACACACAUGACUAACUGCACAUUUAUUUGCGAUACGCAUUGCAUUGUUUUCAA